AUGUCGAAGAAGAACAACCUCGCCAAGAGGAAGAAGCAGUACGAGUUCGACCUCCAGAGGGAGAAGGAGGCCAAGGAGAAGCAGUCCAAGAAGCUGCAAGCCAAGAAAUCCAAGAUGAAGAUAGAUGGCGGUGAAAAGAAACGUAAGGGUGCUCAGUUUAAGGUUGGGAAGAAAAAGGUGAAGACGAAACUUUCAGCCUUAGCAAAAGCCAAAGCUGCUCAAGCCAUGGAGGUCGACAAAUGA